AUUAUCAUCAUCAUCAUCAUCAUCAUCAUUAUCAUUAUCAUUAUCAUCAUCGCCGUCAUCACCAACAUUGUAAGCAUGACGGACCGAACCGAGCUGAGAAUGAAUGUGGCUGCUUUGAAACGAGUUGACCCCUACGUCAAGGAUAUUUUGGAAACUGCGACCCAUGUCGCUCUGUAUACAUUUAACGCGGAUGAAAAUGAAUGGGAAAAAACGGACAUCGAGGGUGCCCUGUUCUUGUACUCGAGGAAUGGCGAGCCAUACAACAGUAUUCUCAUAAUGAACAGAUUGAAUACAAACAAUCUAGUGGAACCGGUUGCUCCAGGUUUAGAUUUACAACUGCAGGAACCGUUUCUGCUCUAUAGAAAUUCCAGAUGCAACAUCUAUGGUAUUUGGUUUUAUGAAAAAGAAGAAUGCGUACGCAUCGCAAACAUGUUAAAUAAACUUCUCAAAGAAUGUGAAGAAAAUCGCAAAAUCACUAACAAACCGCUACUGAAGACUAAAAAGACCUCUGGACCCACCGUAAACAACGUGGAUAUAUUCAGCAUGCUUAGCAAGGCACAAGAGGACUUUAACACGAGCAGAGGUAGCGGUGGAGGUGGCGAAGGCGAUAACGGUAACACGAUAAUAGGAUCAAAGUCUCCAUCGGUUACACCCAUGACCGACAAUAUUUCUGGACCUCUAGUUGCUCCCUUAGGACCUGACGUCACUUCGCAAAGUGUAAUGGACUUCUUUGCUAAAGCCAAGGUGAAUACUGGACAUUUCAAAGCAGGCGACCAACCUACUGCAGGAAAUACAGUUGCGGUUGAAAGUAAACCUUUACUUGCACGUUUAAUGUCUCAUCCGGCAGCGCAUACUUUAGAACAUAUUGAGAAACAGCAGAGAUCUGUGACACCCCAACCAUCUCAUCAGUCACAACCGACAACGAUUCCAUCCACAAAUAAGUCUAAAAAACGAAAUAAAGCGACUUUGCAGCAAGAAUCUAUAAUAUCUACAUCAGCACCGAUUUCUCAAGAUUUGCCGCUACCUGCUACUCAAAAUGUUAAUGAUUCAAAUGCAUCGACUGGAUUCCUCAGGAUACAGUCGCCAACCAACGUAACGUCUUCUACUUUAAGAAAUCAUCAAGUUUCGAACGUUACUAAUACCAACAAUGCCAAUCCACUUGCGUCAUUAUUCGCUCAUGCUUCCGGAAGUACAUCGUCAGAGGAUCUUAUCCCGGCGGCGUCUACAUUGUCAGGAAGAGGCUCGGCACCAGCAUUAAUACCACCUGUCAUGUUUGCCGCUCCUAGUCCACCCGAACCCUUAAACCGACCGUUAGAGCCACUAACGAGGAAUCAACUUUUACAAGCAUUCAAUUAUUUGUUGAAAAGCGAUCCGGAUUUCAUCAACAAACUUCACGAGGCCUACGUCAAAUCGUUUGGAGAGAUACUUUCUUAAACUCAUUAUAUUAUUGUAUUAAUUGCAAAAAAACCCAUUGUAUGGGUUAUGACUGAACAAAAGGAACAUCACUAAGCUAAAUCUCAAUAUUCCUUACGUGCAUGUACAUGCAUAGAUGAUAUGUAAUGCUCGACAUUCAAUUGAGAAGAUAAGCAUCGUUUCUUUUACAAGAAAAGGAAAAUUUCUUUUUUGAUCGAAGAUUAGAAAGCAGAUAUGGAAUAGAACAUACAAUAUAAUACCUUGAACAGUAUUUUUAUAAAGGAAUGCGCUUUCUUUCGAAACAAAGUAAAGAGGCCGAACGAGCAGGAACUCAUAUAAUGAAGUAUGGUACGAAUGAGAAAUUGCAUCUUAAACAAGUGGACUUAUUAUGAAUGGUAUAAUUAUAUACAUAUAUAUAUAUAUACAUAUACACACACACACACGCAC